AUGCACAGGGGCUUCAAGAACCUUUUGUCCCGCUGGGGCAUUCUGUUAAUCUCGUUUAUUCUUGUUACUAUUCGAUAUAAACUGUUGGAUACCGAAGAUCCCAACAGUUGCGAGGCUGUUAUGCAGUCUGGAUCAUGGCGAAAGUUCCCCACAGCUUGGAACACGCAAGGAUGCUAUACCCACUCUUAUCAUAGAAACCAAAAUGAUCUACUUAGAUGUUUCCAGGCAUAUGACCACGGAAUGGAGUUUUUAUUCAUUGGCGACUCCACAUCGCGCCAAGUGUUUUGGGGUAUGGUUGGAAUGUCAGAUGGUUUGUACGGCACAGGAAACUAUUCCUCAUAUACCUCUAAGCGUCACUCUGACUUUGAGCUGUCGACCACGGCUCAUAAUCCACUUGAUCCCUCAGCCCCAGAGCGCAAACUUAUUUAUAAGUUUAUAUGGGACCCAUUUUUUAACUCAUCUGCUUUAAAAGAAGUGGAGAUGUUGUCUACAAAAAAGCACACACCUAUUGCAUUUGUAUAUACAUCUAUUGGGCUUUGGUUCUCACGUUCGCAUUUUGAUCCUGAAGACAUGGACAUACAUUAUAGGGCAGCAAUGAAUCGUGCUCUUCAAGCAUACAAGUCGCUUAAGGGCAGUACAGAACCACAUUCACUGUUUCUUGCACCUACCCUUCAUCCGCAUGUCCCCUUGAUGAACGAGGAUCGUGCAAAAACAAUCACACACGAAAAAGUGAGCAUUUUAAACGGUAUCAUCAAUAGAACAAAACAAAAAUUAUCGGGAAUAGAGGUACCAACAGUUUUUAAUCUGUUUUCUAAAGAAUAUCCUGAAAGUUAUGAUCACAUGGGAAUUCAUUUUACUCCAACACUUGCAGGUCUCCAAGCAUCAAUUGUUGCUAACGAGCGCUGUAAUAAUGCCUUGACUAACAUCGUCACCACCCAUCAAUCUUGUUGCUCAAAGCCGCCCUCAACAACAAGCAACGUUUCCCUUUUGCUUGUCUUCAUUUUCAUUUUGCUGAUUAUGAGUUUUGCUCGAAAGUUUAAUGAAAAGAGUCCCAUUAUAAUAAUCACCAGACUGUUUCUCUGGAUGGCACUAUGGUAUGCUGUUGUAACUGGAAUUGGAGGCGUGAGAAGAGAAAUGGCCGAGUCCACCGAUGUCUUGGUUUCUAUUAUCGGUUGGUUUUUGAGUUUCUUUUUUUGGUUCUCCCAUCCUGGGUUGCCCAAGCGGCUCCGCUUUUCAAUCUUGGGUAAGGUCCAUAGUUAUUAUGACUCGGCAAAGGGUGCUACUGUAUUCAUUUAUUUAUUCUUGUCAUUUCACUACCCUGACAUGCCUGAGGGGCCUGCUGGCACUGGCGUGUAUUGGUUGUUCGCCAACUUAAUGUCUGCAUUUCUUUUGUUUGACUCUACAAGAAUUGGGUCAAUUAUUAGCUACAGCACAAGUAACCAUCUCAACAAUGUAUUGGCCAAUCAAGAAGCCAAUUCUGCCAAUGACGAAAAGCAAAAACUGAGACUUUAUGCAAUUGCGAGUAUUAAGAGCAUUUCCCAUCUCAUCUUCCAAAACUGUUAUUCCGUUUUCCUCGUGCUAGGGGUCAAGUGGCUAGGAAUCUUUGGGAUGCAGAAGCCUUUGAGUCCAUCAUUUUUAAUCUUUCAAUCUGAAAAAGAGUUUGCACUAGUUCUGGUGCUAACUUCUUUUUUUAGCUGGCUCUUUUUCUUGCUUUUAAGGCAAACCCAGUUUGCCAUCAGACAUUACCACCCUUCCGAGGAUCCAAUUUCAUUAACCAGAACCGGAUUUAAAACACUCAAAUUUACCUUUUUUGCCAUCUUAAUAGGCACAAUAUAUACCCUGGUUUUAUACCUGGCCAAGACAUGUGACAAAUCAUCGUUGCUAUUGCAAGUGACUGCAUACCCAGGACUCUUCACUGUUUUGUUUCUUUCUAGCAUGGCGUUUCAUUAUUACCAAUUUGCCUUAACUAAAAACAGGGUUUAUCUCACGUCUAUUGCGCAAAUUCUAUUAAGCAUAUUGGCCCUACUUUUAUCCUCACUGAUUUAUUUUGCCCCACUCCACACUGAAACAAACCAACCUGGAUCUGACAUUUUUGGCGGAUGGUGGUCGUGGUUUAUGUCCCAAUCUCCAGGUAUUCUUACCUCUCUUGCAAUUGCUGUAUUUAUUUUCCUCGUUUCUACUAGCUCACUCGAAAUUACAACAGCAUCUACGACUGGGGCGGUAUCUUCAGCAACUGAUGAAGAACCCAAACAAUCACUGCAAACUGAUGACCACAAUGACCACCAUCGGACCAACAAAACUCUCCAUGAUUACAGUUUGAUCAACACUAUUGGUGUUGUUGGCCAACAUGGUCAGGAACUGCUCUUGGUGGUUCUUUGUAUCUUUUAUUUUCAAAUUUUUGAAAACUCUACUGUAGACGCCUCGUUAGCAGUGGAUACACUAAAUAGUUACUAUUGGACUAUUCCACGAUUGAUGUGGUUUCAUCUGGCGCCUCUUCCAUAUAGGAUUUGUGACGCUUUUCUUAUAAGCAUAUUGGUUGUUCAAAGUGUGAGGGAUUUGGCUGAGGUUGCAUUUAUCAAGUUUUAA